UUUCAGUGAUUUAUUUCUAACAAUAUUUUCCUUUCACGAACUCGUGUUGUUAUUAUGAAAUCGUGUAACUGUCAAAAUUUCCAAUAAGGAACAACUGCCUUGUUUUUGUUGAACAUUAUGGUCAAGUGACCGUUUUUAUGUCAUGUCUUUUCUUAUGGUCGUCUUUUUGCUAUGGAAUGGAUUCAUUGAUAUACAGGAUUGCGCUGUAAUACACUUGGAUCAAAGUAAACAUUACAAAGGUAUUGAUCAUGUCCUGCAGAAAUAUUUGGAUCCUCUUCGAAAAUUACAAGCGCAACUACCGAAUCAUGCAAUAGAAAUGCAAAUUGAAUUUCACGAUGUUCUUCCUACCUAUACAAAACAGAAGCCUCAGAGACGAGUCAUUCGUGUUUUAAAUCCUCGGAAACCAAAACCAGCGAAACGCUCUCAGGAUCAAUCAACACCUGAACAACAAGCACAGACAAAUGCAACAACAGCUGCUAGCACAACGACAGCUCCAGCGUCUGCCGCACCAGUAGGAAAAGUUCCAGUGUACAUGGAAGAUUUACAAAAGGCACUCGAAGAACUUGAAAAGAAAUUGAGCGGAGUGACCACACCAGCUGGGCCAGGAACAGUGACAACGCCGAUAAUAAAGCGCAAACAAGAUGGUGGCUCGUGUAAUGGUGGGAAUGGUGGUGGUGGUGGCGGCAGUGGUGGUGGUGGCGCCAAUAAUCAGUUGCAAACACCAAUUCGAAGUAUAGACAACAUUAUGGAAAUUUUGAGAAAAGGUAUUAAUAUUGAACAUCGGGCACCAAAACCGAGUGAAAACCUAGAAUGGGUCCAAGUCAAGAUACCUAAAAGAAAAUAAGAAACAUAA